GCGCGCCGAGGCCCUGUUGUUUUUCCUGUCGCGAGCGAAAAGGAAACAAAGUGGGCAGCGUAGGGUGCCGGCUGUCAGCGCGCCGCCUCUCCUCUCUCGAGGCUCACUCGCAUCCCGCGCCUUCACCCCGACAGAUGGAUAAGGAGCUCAGAGGCAGGUGAGGGCAGGGCUGCCACUAGCCCUGAACCCUCCCUCCCCCGCCAGGCAGAGGGGCCUUUCCCAGGGGUCUGUCUUGCACCAUCCCUGAGAGGAAAGCUCACAUCCCAGGAGCAGCGGAGCAGGAUGCCCCCCGGGGUUGACUGCCCCAUGGAAUUCUGGACCAAGGAGGAGAAUCAGAACGUGGCAGUGGACUUCCUGCUGCCCACAGGCAUCUACCUGAACUUCCCCGUGUCCCGCAAUGCCAACCUCAGCACCAUCAAGCAGGUGCUGUGGCAUCGCGCCCAGUAUGAGCCUCUCUUCCACAUGCUGAGCGACCCCGAGGCCUACGUGUUCACGUGCGUGAGCCAGACGGCCGAGCAGCAGGAGCUGGAAGAUGAGCAGCGACGGCUGUGUGACGUGCAGCCGUUCCUGCCCGUGCUGCGCCUCGUGGCCCGCGAAGGCGACCGCGUGAAGAAACUCAUCAACUCGCAGAUCAGCCUGCUCAUCGGCAAAGGCCUCCACGAGUUCGACUCCCUGCGUGACCCCGAGGUCAAUGACUUCCGCACUAAGAUGCGCCAGUUCUGUGAGGAGGCGGCAGCACGCAGGCAGCAGCUGGGCUGGGAAGCUUGGCUGCAGUACUGCUUCCCGCUGCAGCUCGAACCUCCAGCACGGAACUGGGGCUCCAGCCCCCAGCCCACCCCGAGCCGGGCCCUGCUGGUCAAUGUCAAGUUCGAGGGCAGUGAGGAGAGCUUCACCUUCCAGGUGUCCACCAAGGACAUGCCCCUGGCACUGAUGGCCUGCGCCCUCCGGAAGAAGGCCACAGUGUUCCGCCAGCCCCUGGCCGAGCGGCCCGAAGACUACACACUGCAGGUGAAUGGGCGCCAUGAGUACCUGUACGGCAGCCACCCCCUGUGCCAGUUCCAGUACAUCCGCAGCUGCCUGCACAGUGGCCUCACGCCCCACCUCACCAUGGUGCACUCCUCCUCCAUCCUGGCCAUGCGGGAUGAGCAGAGCAACCCUGCCCCCCAGGGCCAGAAGCCCCGCACCAAGCCACCCCCUGUGCCUGUGAAGAAGCCCUCCUCCGUGUCGCUGUGGUCCCUGGAGCAGCCCUUCUGUGUGGAGCUGGUCCAGGGCAGCAAGGUGAAUGCCGAUGAGCGGAUGAAGCUGGUGGUGCAGGCCGGGCUCUUCCAUGGCAACGAGACACUGUGCAAGACGGUGUCCAGUGCGGAGGUGAGCGUAUGCUCAGAGCCUGUGUGGAAGCAGCGGCUGGAGUUCGACAUCAGCGUGCGGGACCUGCCACGCAUGGCUCGGCUCUGCUUCGCACUCUACGCCGUGGUCGAGAAGGCCAAGAAGGCGCGCUCCACCAAGAAGAAAUCCAGGAAGGCGGACUGCCCCAUCGCCUGGGCCAACCUCAUGCUGUUCGACUACAAGGACCAGCUCAAGACGGGGGAGCGCUGCCUCCACAUGUGGCCCUCUGCCCCAGAUGAGAAGGGAGAGCUGCUGAACCCCACGGGCACUGUGUGCGGGAACCCCAACACUGAAAGCGCCGCGGCGCUGUUCAUCUGCCUGCCCGAGGUGGCCCCCCGCCCAGUGUACUACCCUGCCCUGGAGAAGAUCCUGGAGCUGGGACGGCACGAGGAACGGGCACACAUCACGGAGGAGGAGCAGCUGCAGCUGCGGGAGAUCCUGGAGCGCCGGGGCUCCGCAGAGCUGUACGAACACGAGAAGGACCUGGUGUGGAAGAUGCGGCACCAGGUCCAGGAGCACUUUCCGGAGGCGCUGGCCCGGCUGCUGCUGGUCACCAAGUGGAACAAACAUGAGGAUGUGGCCCAGAUGCUGCACCUGCUGUGCUCCUGGCCUGAGCUGCCCGUGCUGAGUGCGCUGGAGCUGCUGGACUUCAGCUUCCCCGACUGCCACGUGGGCUCCUUCGCCAUCAAGUCCCUGCGGAAACUGACGGACGAUGAGCUCUUCCAGUACCUGCUGCAGCUGGUGCAGGUGCUCAAGUAUGAGUCCUACCUGGACUGCGAGCUGACCAAGUUCCUGCUGGACCGGGCCCUGGCCAACCGCAAGAUCGGCCACUUCCUCUUCUGGCACCUCCGCUCCGAGAUGCACGUGCCGUCGGUGGCCCUGCGUUUUGGUCUUAUCAUGGAGGCCUACUGCAGGGGCAGCACCCACCACAUGAAGGUGCUGAUGAAGCAGGGGGAAGCACUGAGCAAGCUGAAGGCCCUGAAUGACUUCGUCAAGGUGAGCUCCCAGAAGACCACCAAGCCGCAGACCAAGGAGCUGAUGCACCUGUGGCUGCGCCAGGAGGCCUACCUGGAGGCCCUCUCGCACCUGCAGUCCCCGCUCGACCCCAGCACCCAGCUGGCCGAAGUCUGCGUGGAGCAGUGCACCUUCAUGGACUCCAAGAUGAAGCCGCUGUGGAUCAUGUACAGCAACGAGGAGGCGGGCAGUGAGGGCAGCGUGGGCAUCAUCUUCAAGAAUGGGGACGACCUCCGCCAGGACAUGCUGACCCUGCAGAUGAUCCAGCUCAUGGACGUGCUGUGGAAGCAAGAGGGUCUGGACUUGAGGAUGACCCCCUAUGGCUGCCUGCCCACGGGCGACCGCACGGGCCUCAUUGAGGUGGUGCUGCACUCCGACACCAUCGCCAACAUCCAGCUGAACAAGAGCAACAUGGCAGCCACGGCCGCCUUCAACAAGGAUGCCCUGCUCAACUGGCUCAAAUCCAAGAACCCUGGGGAGGCCCUGGACCGCGCCAUAGAGGAGUUCACGCUCUCCUGUGCGGGCUACUGCGUGGCCACGUAUGUGCUAGGCAUCGGUGACCGGCACAGUGACAACAUCAUGAUCCGCGAGAGUGGACAGCUUUUCCACGUGGAUUUCGGCCACUUUCUGGGGAAUUUCAAGACCAAGUUUGGGAUUAAUCGGGAGCGAGUCCCCUUCAUUCUCACCUAUGAUUUUGUGCAUGUGAUCCAGCAGGGCAAGACCAAUAACAGCGAGAAGUUUGAAAGGUUCCGGGGCUACUGUGAGAAGGCGUACACCAUCCUGCGGCGCCACGGGCUCCUCUUCCUGCACCUCUUCGCCCUGAUGCGGGCGGCAGGCCUGCCAGAGCUCAGCUGCUCCAAAGACAUCCAGUACCUCAAGGACUCUCUGGCCCUGGGAAAAACAGAAGAGGAGGCGUUGAAGCAGUUCCGGGUGAAGUUUAAUGAAGCCUUGCGGGAGAGCUGGAAAACGAAAGUGAACUGGCUGGCCCACAACGUGUCCAAGGACAACCGACAGUAGUGG